AUGGUGAGUGAAAGGCAGCGAGCGGCCAGAAAACGGUACAAAGAAACACACCCGGAAUUGUUCCCGAAGACAGAGCCUACGCCACCAAAGGACCCAAACAAGAAGAACAAAAAGAGCAAAUUCAAGCGUAAAAAAUCUGACAAAAAUGACCCAAACAAACCAAAGAAAUUAUCACACAAAAAACACCCAUUUAGAGUCCCGGGUAUGAAGCCUGGUGAGAGCUGUUAUAUAUGCAAGGCACCUGACCAUAUUGCCAAGGAGUGCCCAACAAAGUCCGAGUGGGAAAAGAACAAGAUAUGUUUAUUUUGUCGACAGCGUGGCCAUAGUCUCAAGAACUGCCGAAAUAAGAAUGAAGAAUCCUUGGAUAAGAAAUUGUGUUAUAAUUGUGGAGAAACUGGUCAUUCUCUGGAUAAAUGCCCACAACCUCGUCAAGAUGGAGGAACGAAAUUCGCCAAAUGCUUUAUUUGUAAUGAAACUGGGCAUUUGAGUAAAAAUUGUCCCAAGAAUACUCAUGGAAUCUAUCCAAAGGGUGGCUGCUGCAACAUUUGUGGUGGGAUAACACAUCUCGCCAAAGAUUGUCCUAAUAAACACAGCAAAGUUUCUUAUGCAGCUGGUAGAGUUGAUCGCUCAUUUGAAAUUGAAGAAAGGCCUAAUCGGAUCACCAAGUUCGUUAGCGGGGAUGAUCUUGAAGACGACUUUAUGACAGUGACCACAUCUGGUGAUGACAAAGAUAAAAGUUUAAAAUCCAAGAAUAAACAGGGGGACAAAGCGAACGCUGCUUCUGGAAUGGCUGUGCACGACGAUUGUAAACUGAAGUUUUUGGAGUUAAAAGCAAAAAGAAACUUUCGUUUCAUUGUGUUCAAGAUUGAGGCUCAACAGGUGGUGGUAGAGAAGCUUGGUAGCCCCGGGGAAAGUUACGAUGAUUUCACUGCCUCCCUGCCUCCUAGUGAAUGCCGCUAUGCUGUCUUUGAUUUUGAUUUCACCACUUAUGAAAAUGUCCAGAAAAGCAAGAUUUACUUCAUCGCCUGGUCACCAGAUUCAUCAAAGGUGAGGAUGAAGAUGGUGUAUGCGAGCACAAAGGACAGAUUUAAGAGGGAAUUGGACGGAAUUCAAGUUGAAUUGCAAGCAACUGAUCCAAGUGAAAUGAGCCUCGACAUUGUAAAAGCUCGCGCAAUCUGA